CCUGGGUAGCUGUAUCCUGUGGUACGGACCGUUCGCAGUACAAGUCCCAAGCCCCCGUGGGGGUGGGCUCACAGGGUACCAGGACUAGCUUCUCCAUUCAAAAACACACAGAUGUUACUCCACGCUUCAGAUCAUUUUGCUGCUACUGGGCAGGCUCAUUUGCAGAGCUGGCUGGAAGGAACUGUAGGUUGGUUGGGUUUAUGUAGAGCUGUUACUCAUGGGCUGCAUUAACUUGGGGGACUGACAGCAGCUGCAGGAUUAGAUAAAGGGAUGCUUUGAAUUCUGCUUCUAUGCUUAAAGAAAGGAUUAUGACUGAAUGGAAGUCAGCUAACAGCAUGUGGAGGAAAUCUCAGACCAUUCACUCUCCAGACCUAAGGUGAUUAGAAAUGUUGGACUAGCCCUGGAGAUGCCGAAGAGACGAGACAUCCUCGCAAUUGUGUUGAUUGUUUUACCAUGGACUCUGCUAAUUACCGUCUGGCACCAGAACACCAUCUCACCGCUGCUGACUCUGCGAAAGGACGAUGGGAGUGAGGUUGGCAACCGUCGAGAUUUUGGACAGUCGACAGACUCCAAGGAGUAUUGCCCGCCAGAUAAGGAUAUUGUGGAGGUGAUCAGGACAGAGUAUGUUUACACACGACCCCCUCCAUGGUCGGACAUCCUGCCCACAAUUCACGUCAUCACUCCAACUUACAGCAGGCCUGUACAGAAGGCAGAACUGACGAGAGUUGCCAACACCCUGCUCCAUGUGCCCAACCUCCACUGGAUAGUGGUGGAGGACGCCCAGAGAAGAACCACACUGGUGACCCGGCUCCUCAAAGAGAUGGGCCUGAACUACACACACUUGAAUGUAGAGACACCUCGCAGUUACAAGCUGAGAGGGGACAUUCGCGAUCCUCGGUUUCCACGUGGCACCAUGCAGAGAAACCUAGCGCUGAGGUGGCUGAGGGAAAUGUUCAACAUGAACAACACCCAACAAGGAAUCGUGUAUUUUGCAGAUGACGACAACACCUAUAGUUUAGAGUUGUUUGAAGAGAUGCGGACUACAAGGAAAGUUUCGGUCUGGCCUGUUGCCUUUGUGGGUGGACUUCGAUACGAAUCCCCAAAAGUGAAUGCAGCAGGAAAGGUCUACGGAUGGAAAACGGUGUUUGAUCCGCACAGACCAUUUGCUAUUGAUAUGGCUGGGUUUGCAAUAAAUCUCCGGUUAAUUCUGCAGAGACCUCAAGCUUACUUUAAACUGCGUGGAGUCAAGGGAGGUUAUCAAGAAAGCAGCCUCCUUCGAGAACUGGUGACACUCAAUGACCUGGAACCUAAAGCUGCCAAUUGCACUAAGAUAUUAGCAUGGCAUACACGGACUGAGAAACCUGUGCUGGUGAAUGAAGGGAAGAAAGGUUUCACCGAUCCAAAUGUCGAAAUAUAAAUGCACAGAUGAAUUGGCCUUAAACCUGGCUCAAACCUGAUUGCCCCAUUCCUUCACCACACAUACAAUGGAUAUAAUGGUAGCGGUUUAUUCUUAGCAAAAGCAAAAAUUUCAGAUGAUGUACCUAAUAUGACUGGACAAUUGAAUAAAGCACAGAAGAGAUCUCUGAGAAAUGCUCAAUGCCGGUUGAAGCGAGACUGUGAUCCAGGAUGUCAUUCGGCAAGGCUCUAUGACUUAUGACCAAGGAAACUAGAUUCCUUUGUAUGUGUGAGUACAUCCCUGUAAAGGUGGCUCUGUUGCAGUGCGUUCUGUUGCAUGGAACGGGAGAAUGCAUGCACUCAGUGUGAAUUCCAACCCAGAAAUAAAUAUCAACCUUGAAAGGCUUCCAUAAAGUACGGAAAAGCUGUGAAGAAGACUGGCUUGUAGGAGUGAGUUUCUCCAAGAAAUCCUUUCUACCAUUUACCCGAGGAUGCUUAAGGAAUGGAAUGUUCUGGUUUACAGACCUCGUGAGCCUGCUACUGGUUGUUUAUUCCUUACAUGUGUACGUAUUGUAUUCCACCUUCAUUCAGACCAUGUCGACUCAAACUCAAUAGUUUCCACGAGGUGUGUAAAGUUGACAAACUGUAGUGUCCAUCUCCUUUUUAGCAAGGGCCCCCUUGAGACUUGGGAUCUUAUCUGUCACCAGAACCUUACUGAGAGAAAAAACACAAAUUUCUUCACAUUUAAACCUUUGCGUAUUCGGAGGACCACUGCAUUCUUAGUAGGCAUGUAAGAACCAGGAUGGUAUUGAUAUUCUGUGCUGGUUAGCCAAGGAGAAAAUGAGCACAGGAACAAAAUGAGUGACUCAAGUAGUUCCUCAAGGAGUGCAAUAUUGAAAUGAAUGCAACAAAGAUGCUCCAUUUAAAGCUGAAUAUUAAACUUGGUGGAUGUGACAUUUGUACUAAUACCCAAAGCAAAGCUAUUUAUUAAGUGCUCCCCGCCUUGGGUGAUAUCACCCCAUUUUUACCAUUCAUUUAGGGUACUGAUCUCCUUGCCAUUUUUAGUUUUGUUUUUUUUUAAAUGACCCAGACUUGGUUAACUGCAUCUGAUCUUUUGUAGGUUGAUGGCACAAAACAAGCUUUUAGCAGAAUCGGAACGUUUGAUGAUAUCUUUUGAAUAUGCUGAUGGGCGGAUAAGAUUGGAACCUGUAGGGUAUAUUUUGCUUUAGGAAAAAAUGAUUCAAAUCUUGGCUUGCAGCAUGCAUUACCUUCUUUGCAAAAUAACAAUGCGGAAGAUGUCUAAACCAUGAUUUAAUAACUAUGAAAAAAUAUCUAGAAAUAGGAAGGUAAUUAGAAACCGAAAAUAAAGGUAAAUUCUUGAGAAAUUAUACCAAUUUGGAACUGGCUAGUAUUUAAUGAUUUGUCCCACCUACAAAAAACAACCCUCUAAUUUAUCCACUGAUGCCUUCUGGUUACAGCAUUGAUCAAUUUGUAUUCAGUUACUUCUGACUUCUGUAACGCGCUGAAAUUAAAGGGUGGAUGUCAACGAGAGAGGAACUGUUUUUCAUCCCUUCCUCACUGAUUCCGAAGCUUUCAUGAGCUAACAUCACAUCCACAUUUUACUUCUCUUUCCCUCUCAAUCUUAUUAAAUGCAGAGUAUCUGCUUCAAGAAACUCUUAUUCUAAGCCACUACAUCAUGAUUCAGUGGGACUGGCCCAACAAGAUGGAUAUCAAAAAUUAAUUCAAGAGAUUAUGAGAUGGUUAACUUAAGUCACAUGCAGUAAAGUUUUUGUGUGUAUUCAUUCGGCAACUUAAUUUAAUUUAAUUAUGCAGCAUUAAAAAACAGAAAUGUUGGAAACAAUAGCAUGACAGGCAGUAUCUGUGGAAAGAGUGACUGUGAAUGUUUUGAAGGAUCUCGACUUGAAGCACUAACUAUUUCUCUUUCCCCACAUGCUGCCUCACUCGCUAAUUGCUUUCCGCAUUUUCUGUUGUUAUUUCAGAUUCCAACGUCAGCAGUUAUUUGACUUUCAUAGACUGUACAGGAAGUGCCCCACAGAAAAUGUGAGCAAUAAUGCACAGAGUAACGUUAAUCUCGUCAUAUCAUUUUGGUUUCCUGAGGUGCCCGUUCUGUACCAAAAUCUACACAACACAAAAAAAAUAAAUAAAAAUUAUUUGGACCAUAUUAGUUAAAUAAUAAAAUCUUUCUCCCCAAUAUUUUCCUUUCACUUCAUUAGCGAUGUCAGUGUUUGUGGCAGGUCUAAGCUGCAGCUAGCUCGGUGUGCAGAUCUCCAGCCUGAGAUCUGGGUAACCUGUGGAAAUUCAUAAGAUAAACACAGAACUCUGGAGUAACUCAGCGAGUCAGGCAGCAUCUCUGGAGAAAAUGGAUCGGUGACGUUUCGGGUUGGGACACUUCAUCAGUCUGAUUGUAGUAAGGAGAAUGGGAAAAAAACAGUGAGGGAAAAACAAAAAAGACAAAUCAGAGCCGGCUACAGAUGAUCUUCGCAAAGGAGGUCCCCUGAUAGACUGAUAUUUGGAUAGAGACAUGGGUGAGCCCAAGUGAAAUUCAUUGUUGGGAACUGUGGAGCUGGUUAAUGGACUUUUAGUGGUUAAAGGGAGUAAGGGAGGGGGGGAAUGAAGGAGUGAGGUGUUUGUAGAAGUUACACAAAAUUGGAGAAUUUAACAUCAAUACCGUUGUUAACCAUUUUAACUCCCCUUCCCAUACUGACCUUUCUGUCCUGGGCCUCCUCCAAUUGGAGGAACAGCACCUCAUAUUUUGCUUGGUUAGCUUUCAACCCAAUGGAAUAAACAUUGAAUUCUCCAAUUUUGUUUAACUUCUACAGACACCUCCAUUCCCACUCCCGCUCCCCUCUUCCUCCACUAAAAUUCCAAUAACUAGCCCUACAGUUUACAAUAAUGUAUCCCUCUUGGGCUCACACUCUAGCCAACAAACAGCCUAUAAGGGAACCCCCUUGCCUGAAGUUAUUUGUUGCCAGCCCAGAUUUAUCCUGUUUUUCUUUUGCUUCCAGUUUUCCCCCCACUCUCUCAACCACAAUCAGUCUGAAGAAAGGUCCCGACAUGCAAUAGCAUCUGUCCAUUUUCUCCAGAGAGGCUGCCAGACCUGCUGAGUCACUCCACCAUUCCGUGUCUAUCUUUGGUAUUAACCAACAUCUGCAGUUCCUUUUUAUUACACUGUGAAGCUGUUCCAUUUUAACCCCAUAUGGAUUUCACAACUGCUAUGCAGCAGCUGGAGAAAUACCAGUGCUGACUUAAGUCCACACCAUCUCUAGGUACCAGUGCUUCUGUGGAGAAUUGUGGCAAGUCGUAUCAUUAGUGGAAAUAGGCCAUCCAAACUAACGUGGUUGGAUAUGUUUCCAAGGAAAAUGUCAAGCAUUUGUUCGACAAAGCAAGUUAUGUUGAGUUCUUCCUUCUAUUGAGACCACAGAGGAUGAUUUGAUUCCAUUCCAAUAUUGUCGUUCUAGAGCCUCCAACAGGGUCUGUCAGAAUGCUACACAUUACACAUCAUUUCCACACAUAAUUUCCACCACCGAUUAUAGCAAUUGGCACUGUAUUUGCAAGCUGUAUUUCUGGCAUUCCAGAACCCUCACUAGGAGUAUAGAGUAUGGAUCUCUUAGAAUGUAGUUAGAUACCAGCUGCCGGUUACAUUGAAAGAAAACAUGCAAUAAUACAGAGAGAAAUGAACAUGUCUUAGUUUUGCCUUUGGCCGUCAGAGCAAAACUGAUUUCCCUUAAAAAAGCCAUUGUACGAUAUCUCUGGACUUUGAUAAAAUAUUUACAAUUCAUAUUAGUGCACAAUUCCUGUGGGAACUAAACCUUCCAAUGUCUAGUUGGCAGAAUUCAAUAACUGAAAGAUAUUCUUCUAUAUAAGGGUAUCCUCGUAUUAAGGCAAAGUCAUUUAAACUAACUUGCUGAGCUCUGCUGUUAUAGUAAAGAUGAUCAGAAUAAUCAGCUGCAUGAACUCAACAGCACACAAAAUCAAAAGUAUGGGUAUUUUAGUACUGACAAAUCUUUAGUACACAUAACUGAGGAUCAAGACAUCUCAGCUCUUCAGUCAAUAUAACAAAUAAGAUAGUUUUAACAAAAUCUUUUAGCCAAUUGCCGAAAUCUCAGACAUUUCUCAACGGUGCUGCUGGUAGAACCAUUGCACAUUCUUCUUCCCGUGACCGCAUUGGGUUUUCCCCGAGAUCUUCGGUUUCCUCCCACACAGGUAUGCAGGCAUGUAGGUUAAUUGGCUUGGCGUAUGUGUAAAUAAAUUGUCCCUGGUAUGUGUAGGAUAGUGUUAAUGUGCGGGGAUCACUAGUCAGCGGCCCGUUUCCACACAGUAUCUCAUAACUAAAGUUCAAACCUGACCUCUGCUGCUCUCUGUGGGGUUUGCACUUUCUCCCUGUGACUGCAUAGGUUGCUCUCCAGUGUUCUGGUGUCCUCCCACGCCACAUUUUUCAUUAGACUUUCGAGAAGUAAAAGUGAAAACAAAGUUUAGAAUUAUUAUUAUUAUUAUUUAAAAAAAAAAAUAGAAUUGCGAUCUCCACGAAGUUGUCUGUAAAAAUGGCAACUGUAAAAAUCCAUUCCCCUACCGCCCUCUUCCUCAAGGUCACCAGUAGACAGUAAAGCAAGUAAAAUUCAAACUGAAUUAAAUUGGAAGGAUGAAGAUUUAAACACUACGUUUAUUAAUUAAGGGGACAAACAACUACAACUCUUGUAAUCAUACCCAUCCAUCAGCAAUAAUCAUCUAAAAUGGUAUUAGUAUUGGCACUGGUUUAUUACUAUAAAUGUGUAUUGAGAUACAAUCCAAACUGUCUUGCAUGUUACCCAGGCAGAUCAUACCACACAUGAGAUCAUCAGGUAAUGCAAAAGAGAAGAGUGCAGAAUAGUGUUACAUCUACAAGAUGUGCAGAUAUUUUAAAAAGUUAAAGGGCCUCAACAUAGUAGAUUGGAAGAUCAGGAAUUCAUAUGGUGACAGAUGAGCGAGUGUAAAUUUUCCACAUAAUUUUGUCCCUCCUAAAGCUGAUCAAUUUAAAUGUCUGUACAUUCUUGCUUAGUCAUAUCCUACUAAGAAAAUCCAAAAGGAAAUAGGUGUGGGGCAGAAAUCCAUGAGGGUAGUGGUGGGGAAAUUAUAGAAUUAAAACCUCAAAGGACAUUAAUUGUAAAAUAUCCUGCAGAAUGGACAGGGAACCUUCUGUCUGUACGAGACCUGAAUUGUGCGAGACCCCAGUCUUAGAGUAAGGCUGACUCUGACUGAUGUCACUAAGGGCAACAAGCGAUGAUCACUAAAUGCUGGCUUUAGCUGCAGCAUUCACCUUCAAAGAGAAUAUUUUGAGUUCGACCAGAACAAGUUGCUCAAUCUGAAGAAAAUUCAUCACAAAUUCCUCCCCUCAUCUUCUGAUAGGAAACAAUUUUAUGAACAUUUAGCAUAAAUAUGUAAACCACUUAUUUCCAUCCUUAGUUGAUACCUCAUUGCCAACAGAAGAGAUGGUCCCAAUGCUGCCAGCAGCCUCUGUUGUCAUCAGUUUUGCGCAGCAGGGUGCCCCUUCCUGGAGAAGCAUUCUAACAUCCCAAUUGAAGGACAAUCUUGGAAAUGCUUUACAUUGAUUGAAGGGGCUGUGGAUGACAGGAAAUUAAUUACAUUGACCUCCCAGCUCUACGGAUGAAUUCUGCUAAUAAUGAAGACAUCUUGUACCAUAAGUGGAAUGUGUCCAUGGGUAGAGUUUGACAUUACAGUGACUGAAGUUUACACACCUCCCGAGGAGCUAGAGCAGCAGAACCUGUUACAGUUAGUGCUGUGGUAUCAAAUCAAAAAUGUGAAGCACAAUUUUACUGGACAUAAUCCUCAGCACUUGAGAAAUGACACUUUCUUUUCUAUUCUCUUUGAACUGUUAGUACAGAGAAUAAUUCUCUCUUUUUAUACUUUCUGUAGAAUUAUCUAACAUGUGCUGUUUGCUACCCAGUUUAAUUUAUUUCUAUUUAUAAUUUAAGAAAAUUGAUUAAUGAUUUUUUUU